AUGUACCUCGAUGACUCGGAAGAUGAGGAGCCCGCCUAUUUCAUCCAUGAUGGCCAAGCUUUCCAUAUGGACAAGUGUGAUUUGAUGAGCCUGGAUUCGAGUGAUCCGGCGGUUCAACAGUUCAAGAUUUUUAGAUGGAACCUCAACCUCCUUGGAAUCCGCUACUGCCCGCUGGACUCGAAGCUACAGAUCUGCGCUCGCUUCCUGUUCCAGAUGUUCAUGAUUGGGAUUACCGGAACUACGUAUUUAUUCUGUGUCUGGGCCGUGCAAGCGCUGAUUUGCCAGGUAUUCCUCACCUACUCCCAGCUGAACCUCUCCGUCUGCCGCUUCUUCCACACACUGAAGCACAACAGGAUCGAGGACUCCGGGCGAUAUACGAAGCUCCAAAACAACUCGAUCCGCUACAACACGUGGCGUUUCUGCUUCUUCUACUGGCUCACCGUAGUCACCCUGCUGUUCUACGUGGUCAUCGACGUCGCCGGUUGGACGUUCGAAGCUGUGCAUCAGGCAUAUCGGAAGACCUUUUACUUUGAAGAGCUACGUUUCUUGCGGCUAACUACGGCUUUUUAUGACAUUACAGUAUGGAAUAUCGCUCUUCACAUAUACAUGUGCCUAACGAAUAUCAUGUAUUGGGAGACUAGGAAAUUUAACCGGAAACUGAAAGAGCAUCACUUCAUGAAGAGC